CAACAAUUUGGAAUUUUUCAUUCAAAAUUAAACAACAAAAUUAAAAGACACUACGCACAGCGCCCGAACUGAUUUUACUCUGUUGGACAUCAGCUGUUGAACCAAGUUCCCGUAUCGUGAUUUCCCAUGUCUUCGGCUUGGUAGCUUGCCUCCCGAUCCCACUCAAAAUGGAGAGAUCAGGUGGGAGUGACUUGAAGGCGAAGAAAUCCAAACAGGCUGUACGCCAGAAAAAGUCGGAUGCGGCAAGUCAGAAGACUAGCGAAAUCAGCAUAAAGAAAACUGCCCAAACCGGAUUCUAUAAUCAAGACAGCGAUGAUGAUACGCUUGGGUUGGAGGAAAUGCUUAAGAACGACUUUAGCCUGAUCGUGAGCGUGACUCCCAAGCCAGAGGAUGCAUUUUGUACCAAGUCGUCAGAGUAUCAGCUGGCCUCGCAUUGGUACAAGAAAAUACUCGGCAUGAAUAGCUACACACUUGACGAAUUGCGCUUGCGGCAGGCUUACAUGAGUCGCUUGAGCGUAUGCCUGCAUAAGAAGCGUCUGUCCGGGGUCUUCACUGAAGUGCCCGGCCUGAAAUUGGGCUGGGUUGACUUCACAGAGAAGGCCGACAAUUAUAUAUGCUGUUCGGGAGCGAUGGCCAAUUCGGCUGCUUGGCAGAAUGUGUCAUCAAUGAUGCAGCAACAGCAACAAUUGGUAAGAUCAGCUGGCAACUGUUGCGGACAGGGAACCAAAUCGGGCCAGUGUUGCUCCCGCUCUCUCGGUGGCACCAACUCGCGAAAGCCGCCACAAAAGCCCGCACACAAAGUCACAUGCAAAUUGAAGCCGAAGCUUGUGCCCCGCCAUAUGGGCAAGUCGAAGGACUCGGUGGCUAGUCAGCCAGACAGUGCCGAUGAGCUGGCAGUACCCAGUUCCAGUGGUCAUCGGGAGCACUGGCCCAUCGAUGAGGAGGCGCGCACGGAUAUGAAAUAUCUGUUAGAAGCGAUCAAGAACGAGUUGCAAAGCCAGGGUAAUAGCGAACCGGAUGACUAUCUGGAACUGGAGCUGACGCGCUAUCGUGAAUUCUAUGCACUCCAUCGGCAGACUAAAGCCGACCGGAAGGCCAUUACGGCUGCGAAGGAUCCACAGAAGGAGCGAAUCUUCAUGCUGCUCAACAUGCAAAAGGAUUUGGUCAAGUUGUUGUCUGAAUGAAAAAUUCAAGCCAUAGGUUUUUUAUCUUGU